GUAGAAUCAAUGUUAGACAUGUCUUAAGCUCCUAAAAUACAACUGCAUUCACAUACUUAAUCUUAUCAUUGCUUGGAACGAGCUCAGCAAGGGAGCUGUAAAUCCGGUCAGUGAUGGCGUUCCUGUUUGGGUUCCUUGUUUUUGGAUCCGAGGGGAAGUGAAUCAAACUCUUGGACUGCUUCUACGCGAGCUAAUGUAUAAAUCGGGCUUGACGUCCAGUGGAAUUUUCUACUACGUGAGUACCUGAGCUCAUUUGGGCCUCAUUUAGCAGUCAAAUCCAACCUUCUUCAAUGUCCACACCCCUAACCGAGAUCCAUUGAAGAAGCUUCCAGUCCCACAUUGAGACGUAGACAUCGUCAUUCUACUAAAUCGGUUUUCAGUGAGGCCACAAUGCCGAUCAAACCAGAGCCAGAGGCCACCAUCAAAUUUGACAAGGUCGAACUUCGGGAGCGCUUGGACCCCAUUGAGUACCUGGUGACCCAAGAAAAAGGGACAGAGAGACCAUUUACCAACAGAUAUUAUAAACACUUUGAGAGUGGCACCUAUGCCUGUAUCAUCUGCAGUACAGAGCUCUUCGAUUCCAACACAAAAUACGAGUCCGGAUCCGGGUGGCCCGCGUUCUAUGACAUUUUGGACCAAAAUAAAAUCAUCAAACGUCACGAUGCAUCCGGAGUGGGGGCUAAUCUCUUGCGUAUCAUUGCCAAUCCGGAGUUGAUCCGCACCGAGGUCUCUUGCAAGCAGUGUGGCUCACAUCUCGGCCAUGUUUUUAAAGAUGGACCCAAACCAACAGGCAUGAGGUUUUGCGUCAAUUCAGCGUCGUUGAACUUCAUACCCGCGAGUGAGGAUAUCGACCAGACUGACUCCUCCACAGAGCAACCAAAGAAAGAGGUCAUUACCCACUUGGCCACCAUUGAUGGGUGUGGAGCGGAUGGAAUCUGCACUUUAAAGUCUCGGAAGGCAUUAAUGGAGAAGAUCAAGCAAGAUAAGCUCUCGAAGGAGGGCACGCCUCCCAAGAAAGAGGCCGAGAGCACGGCCCGAUGACAGUUUGACUACUUGUAACAUCACUCUAUUGACUGUAUUUUAUUUUGAAAUUAUUUCCUCCCUUAAAUGUGAAGAGCAUCUGCAAGUGCCAACCCAUCUCCCACUUGAGAUACAUGAUCGAAAGUGGAUUAUCUUUGCCCAGAACCUCUUGUAAGACUAGUCAUCAGAACUCGGAGAAAACGAGUUUGCCAGGAUCUAUGAUGUAAAAUGUUUGGUAUUCAAGAAAUACAUAUAAGGAUUUAAACUUGACAAA